AUGGCGGCGCCGGCCCGGCGGAGUGUGGUGUUCGUGACGGGCAACGCCAAGAAGCUGGAGGAGGUCACUCAGAUCCUCGGGGACUCCUCUCCCUACACUCUGGUGGCGAAAAAAAUUGACCUGCCGGAGUACCAGGGGGAGCCGGACGAGAUCUCCGUGCAGAAGUGCCGCGAAGCCGCCCGGCAGGUUCAGGGACCUGUUAUAGUAGAGGAUACCUGCUUGUGCUUCAAUGCCCUGGGGGGGCUUCCAGGACCAUACAUAAAAUGGUUCCUGGAAAAACUCAAACCAGAAGGCCUGUACAAGCUGCUGGCUGGGUUUGAAGACAAGUCUGCCUACGCUCUCUGUACCUUUGCAUUCAGUACUGGAAACCCCGAGGAGCCAGUGAAGCUCUUCAAAGGCCAGACUCAUGGGCUGAUAGUGGAGCCCAGAGGCCCUCGAGAUUUUGGCUGGGAUCCCUGCUUUCAGCCAGACGGCUACAACCAGACCUACGCCGAACUGCCCAAGGCGGUGAAGAACUCGAUCUCGCACCGUUACAGAGCACUGAGCGAGCUCUCUGCCUUCUUUCUUCAAAGCAACUCGACAGAGCCCCGCUCCGGUCCCAGCUAGCCUCCCCGGGCUGCCGGCAUCCUGUGUUGUCCGUGUCGCAUGCUGCCCCGGGAGAGCUCUGCUCCGCUGCCGGCUGCCAUUAAAGCUGCUCCUUUUGAAGCCA